AUGAAGAUAAUUACAUAUUUUUGCAUUUGGGCAGUAGCAUGGGCCAUUCCAGUUCCUCAGAGCAAACCACUGGAGAGACAUGUCGAAAAAUCCGUGAAUUUGCAUCUCCUAGCAAGAUCAAAUGUGUCAGUACAGGAUGAGUUAAAUGCCAGUGGAACCAUCAAAGAAAGUGGUGUCCCGGUGCAUGAAGGUGAUAGAGGAAGGCAAGAGAAUACCCAAGAUGGUCACAAGGGAGAAGGGAAUGGCUCUAAGUGGGCAGAAGUAGGAGGGAAGAGUUUUUCUACAUAUUCCACUUUAGCAAAUGAAGAGGGGAAUAUUGAGGGCUGGAACGGGGACACAGGAAAAGCAGAAACAUAUGGUCAUGAUGGAAUACAUGGGAAAGAAGAAAACACCACAGCAAAUGGCAUCCAGGGACAAGUAAGCAUCAUUGACAAUGCUGGAGCCACAAACAGAAGCAACACUAAUGGAAAUACUGAUAAGAAUACCCAAAAUGGGGAUGUUGGCGAUGCAGGUCACAAUGAGGAUGUCGCUGUUGUCCAAGAAGAUGGACCUCAAGUAACUGGAAGCAAUAACAGUACAGACAAUGAGGAUGAAAUAAUUGAGAAUUCCUGUAGAAACGAGGGUAAUACAAGUGAAAUCACACCUCAGAUCAACAGCAAGAGAAAUGGGACUAAGGAAGCUGAGGUAACACCAGGCACUGGAGAAGAUGCUGGCCUGGGUAAUUCCGAUGGGAGUCCUAGUGGGAAUGGAGCAGAUGAGGAUGAAGACGAGGGUUCUGGUGAUGAUGAAGAUGAAGAAGCAGGGAAUGGAAAAGACAGUAGUAAUAACAGCAAGGGCCAGGAGGGCCAGGACCAUGGGAAAGAAGAUGAUCAUGAUAGUAGCAUAGGUCAAAAUUCGGAUAGUAAAGAAUAUUAUGACCCUGAAGGCAAAGAAGAUCCCCAUAAUGACGUUGAUGGAGACAAGACCUCCAAGAGUGAGGAGAAUUCUGCUGGUAUUCCAGAAGACAAUGGCAGCCAAAGAAUAGAGGACACCCAGAAGCUGAACCAUAGAGAAAGCAAACGCGUAGAAAAUAGAAUCACCAAAGAAUCAGAGACACAUGCUGUUGGGAAGAGCCAAGAUAAGGGAAUAGAAAUCAAGGGUCCCAGCAGUGGCAACAGAAAUAUUACCAAAGAAGUUGGGAAAGUCAACGAAGAUAAAGAGGAUAAAGGACAACAUGGAAUGAUCUUGAGCAAAGGCAAUGUCAAGACACAAGGAGAGGUUGUCAACAUAGAAGGACCUGGCCAAAAAUCAGAACCAGGAAAUAAAGUUGGACACAGCAAUACAGGUAGUGACAGCAAUAGUGAUGGAUAUGACAGUUAUGAUUUUGAUGAUAAGUCCAUGCAAGGAGAUGAUCCCAAUAGCAGUGAUGAAUCUAAUGGCAAUGAUGAUGCUAAUUCAGAAAGUGACAAUAACAGCAGUAGCCGAGGAGAUGCUUCUUAUAACUCUGAUGAAUCAAAAGAUAAUGGUAAUGGCAGUGACUCAAAAGGAGCAGAAGAUGAUGACAGUGAUAGCACAUCAGACACUAAUAAUAGUGACAGUAAUGGCAAUGGUAACAAUGGGAAUGAUGACAAUGACAAAUCAGACAGUGGCAAAGGUAAAUCAGAUAGCAGUGACAGUGAUAGUAGUGAUAGCAGCAAUAGCAGUGAUAGCAGUGACAGCAGUGACAGUGACAGCAGUGAUAGCAACAGUAGCAGUGAUAGUAGUGACAGCAGUGACAGUGACAGCAGUGAUAGCAGUGACAGUGAUAGUAGUGAUAGCAGCAAUAGCAGUGACAGUAGUGACAGCAGUGAUAGCAGUGACAGUAGUGAUAGUAGUGACAGCAAAUCAGAUAGCGACAGCAGUGAUAGUGACAGUAAGUCAGACAGCAGUGACAGCAACAGCAGUGACAGUAGUGACAACAGUGAUAGCAGCGACAGCAGCAAUAGCAGUAACAGCAGUGAUAGUAGUGACAGCAGUGAUAGCAGUGACAGCAGCAGUAGCAGUGACAGCAGCAACAGCAGUGAUAGUAGUGACAGUAGUGACAGCAGCAAUAGCAGUGACAGCAGUGAUAGUAGUGACAGCAGUGAUAGUGACAGCAGUGAUAGUAGCGACAGCAGCAAUAGCAGUGACAGCAGUAAUAGUAACAGCAGCGAUAGCAGUGACAGCAGCAACAGCAGUGACAGCAGCAACAGCAGCGAUAGCAGUGACAGCAGCAACAGCAGUGACAGUAGCGAUAGCAGUGACAGCAGCAACAGCAGUGACAGCAGCGAUAGCAGUGACAGCAGUGAUAGUAGUGACAGCAGUGACAGCAGUGAUAGUAGUGACAGCAGCAACAGCAGUGAUAGCAACGACAGCAGCGAUAGCAGUGACAGCAGUGAUAGUAGUGACAGCAGCAACAGCAGUGAUAGCAACCACAGCAGCAAUAGCAGUGACAGCAGUGAUAGCAGCAACAGCAGUGAUAGCAGUGAUAGCAGUGACAGCAGUGAUAGCGACAGCAGCAAUAGCAGUGACAGCAGUAAUAGUAGUGACAGCAGUGAUAGCAGCAACAGCAGCAAUAGCAGUGACAGCAGUGAUAGCGACAGCAGCAAUAGCAGUGACAAUAGUAAUAGCAGUGACAGCAGCAACAGCAGUGACAGCAGUGAUAGUAGUGACAGCAGUGAUAGCAACGAAAGCAGCAAUAGCAGUGACAGCAGUGAUAGCAGCAACAGCAGUGAUAGUGACAGCAGUGAUAGCAGCGACAGCAGUGACAGCAGUGAUAGCAGUGACAGCAGUAAUAGUAGUGACAACAGCAAUAGCAGUGACAGCAGCAACAGCAGUGACAGCAGUGAUAGCAGUGAUAGCAGUGACAGCAGUAAUAGUAGUGACAGCAGCAAUAGCAGUGACAGCAGCAACAGCAGUGACAGCAGUGAUAGCAAUAGCAGCGACAGCAGUGACAGCAGCAACAGCAGCGAUAGCAGUGACAGCAGUGAUAGCAGCGACAGCAGUGACAGCAGUGACAGCAGUGACAGCAGUGACAGCAGCGACAGCAGUGACAGCAGUGACAGCAGCGACAGCAGUGAUAGCAGUGACAGCAGUGACAGAAGUAAUAGUAGUGACAGCAGCAAUAGCAGUGACAGCAGCAACAGCAGUGACAGCAGCGAUAGCAGCGACAGCAGUGAUAGCAGCGACAGCAGCGAUAGCAGUGACAGCAGUGACAGCAGCAACAGCAGUGACAGCAGCGAUAGCAGCGACAGCAGUGAUAGCAGCGACAGCAGUGAUAGCAGCGACAGCAGCGAUAGCAGUGACAGCAGUGACAGCAGCAAUAGCAGUGACAGCAGUGACAGCAGCGACAGCAGCGACAGCAGUGACAGCAGUGAUAGCGACAGCAGUGACAGCAGUGACAGCAGCGACAGCAGUGACAGCAGCGACAGCAGUGAUAGCAGUGAUAGCAGUGACAGCAGUGAUAGCAGCGAUAGCAGUGACAGCAGCGACAGCAGCGACAGCAGCGACAGCAGUGACAGCAGCGACAGCAGCGACAGCAGCGAUAGCAGUGACAGCAGUGACAGCAGCGAUAGCAGUGACAGCAGUGAUAGUGAUAGCAGCGACAGCAGUGACAGCAGCGAUAGCAGUGAUAGCAGCGACAGCAGUGACAGCAAUGAAAGCGGCGACAGCAGUGACAGCAGCGAUAGCAGUGAUAGCAGUGACAGCAGCAACAGCAGUGACAGCAGCGACAGCAGUGAUAGCAGUGACAGCACAUCUGACAGCAAUGAUGAGAGUGACAGCCAGAGCAAGUCUGGUAACGGUAACAACAAUGGAAGUGACAGUGACAGUGACAGUGAAGGCAGUGACAGUAACCACUCAACCAGUGAUGAUUAG